CUGGAGCCAAGCCGUUUAGAAAAUAUCGAUAUCUACAGUAAUAUUCUAUAUGUUCGUGAUAAAAAAGCAAGUCUCAGUAUGUUGGCACACAAGGCUAUGAAAAUCGAAAAGUAUUGUCCAGAGACAUGUUGCAUCAUUGGUAACUAUUACAGUUUAAAGUUGGAGCACGACAAGGCGAUUAUGUACUUUCAGAGGGCAUUGAAGUUGAAUGAUCGUUAUCUUUCAGCAUGGACCCUUAUUGGGCACGAGUUUUUAGAAAUCAAGAAUGUAUCAGCCGCCAUCAAUGCCUAUAGAAAAGCGGUCGAUAUUAAUCCAAGAGACUACAGAGCUUGGUAUGGUCUAGGUCAAACUUAUCAACUAUUAAAACUACCACUCUACUCUUUAUUACUUUAA